AUGGGCUCGGCCACGGAUAUUGAUAGCAUUACUACUACUAUGCAUGGUUCGCUGCCCAGUAUAGCCAGCCCAAUCGCUAUCUGCGGAAUGGCGGCGAGAUUGCCGGGUGGGAUUUCAAAUGACAAGGAGCUCUGGGAUUUUCUUCUGGCCAAACGAGAUGCCAGGUCACGCGUCCCCAGCACGAGAUUCGAACUUUCGGCCCAUCUUUCUGAAUCAGGAAAGCCUGGGACUACAAAGACUGAACACGGGUACUUCCUCGAUGAAUCUGUCGACCUUGGGACGCUUGACACCACCUUCUUCAGCUUCACGAAGCAUGAACUGGAAUACAUCGACCCCCAGCAACGUCAGCUUCUGGAGGUAGUCCGCGAGUGUUUCGACAGCGCAGGAGAGGUCAAUUAUCGUGGAAGAGAUAUUGGAUGUUUUGGGGCCUCGUUUGGCGAUGACUGGUUCGAGAAUAUGAGCCGCGACGAACAAAUGUAUGGCAAAUACCCACUCAUGGUAAGCGGAGACUUCGCCAUCCCAAACCGAGUCUCGUACGAGUAUGAUCUCCACGGACCAAGUGUCAGCGUUCGAACAGCCUGUUCCUCGUCGCUGGUCGCGCUUCACCAGGCCUGUCUUUCAAUUGAGCGAGGAGAGUGCUCUGCCGCCAUCGUCGCUGGAUAUAACAUACUAUUGAGUCCCACGAUGACCCUGGUUAUGUCUGCAAAAGGAGUGUUAUCACCCGAUGGUUCUUGCAAAUCAUUUGACGCAAGUGCCGAUGGGUAUGGCCGUGGCGAGGCAGUGAAUGCCGUAUACAUCAAGCCUCUUAACGACGCCCUACGUGAAGGCAACCCUAUACGUGCUGUUAUAAGGGGUAGUGCCGUUAACUCCGACGGAAAGAAUGCCGGGUUUACUGUUCCCAGUGGGAGCGCCCAGCAAGAUGUCAUUCGGAAGGCAUACCACGUUGCUGGUAUCAGCGACCUUUCCAGAACGGGGUUUGUCGAAUGUCAUGGAACCGGUACUUCCGUCGGAGACCCUAUUGAAGUCUUGGCCAUUGCAGAAUCUUUUGGGGAUCAAGGAAUGUAUAUCGGGUCGGUCAAGCCAAAUGUUGGGCACUCAGAAGGUGCGUCUGGGCUCACGUCUCUCAUCAAGGCAGUGCUGGCGAUCGAGCAUCGCAUUAUUCCACCAAACAUAAAAUUCAAUACACCAAACCCCAGGAUUCCGUUCGCGGCCAAGAAGAUCAAAGUCCCUGUCGAUGCCACUCCAUGGCCGGAGGAUCGCUGCCUCAGAGCUAGUGUUAACAGCUUUGGUAUGGGGGGUGUCAACGCUCAUGUGGUAAUCGAGUCUGCAGAUAGCUUCACUCCGCCGAGCUCACCAUUGCUCGAAGAGGGCGUUCCAGUCCCACGUUUGCUUUUCUUUUCGGCCAAUACCGAAACUUCACUAGAUGCAAUGAUUGAACACAAUCUCGCAUAUUUGACUAGCCAUCCUGGAUCCUUGCGGGACCUUGCAUACACUUUGGGUGCAAGGCGUGAGCAUCUUCCCUUGCGGGCUGCGUCAAUUAUCCACAGCGACAUGUCAGCAACCACAACUUCAUUUGGAAAGGCACCCUUGGUUUCCCCAGAUAUUGUUAUGGUGUUUGCUGGUCAAGGUUCUCAAUGGCCAGCCAUGGGAUUCGAGCUCUACAAGUGCAACGCUACAUUUCGUGAAUCACUUCUGCAACUGGAUGGGUUCUUGCAUAAUCUGCCAGAUGCUCCUUCCUGGUCUAUCAUUGAGGAAAUCUCCAAGGACGAUGUAGCAAGCAACCUCCAUAUAUCGUCCUACUCACAGCCAGUAUGCACAGCGAUUCAGAUCGCGCUAGUUGACGUUCUGUUCAAGCUCAAUACAGUACCCCACGCCGUGCUUGGCCACUCCUCCGGUGAGCUUGCUGCAGCAUACGCUGCUGGUAAAGUAACCGCCGGCCAAGCUUUGAUUUCGGCCUUCUACCGUGGAGUUGCGGCCCAAAAGGUCACAAAGAUUGGCUUUAUGGCUGCGGUUGGAAUGGGAAUCGACGAAACUCGACCUUUCCUGAGACCUGGUGUUGUCAUUGCUUGUGAGAAUUCGCCUUCUAGUGUCACACUCUCUGGUGACAGCGAUGAGUUACAGCAUGUCAUCCAGGCCAUUAGGAUGUCAAGACCAGAUGUUCUCGUUAGGGAACUUAAGAGUGACACUGCUUAUCACUCAGGCCACAUGAAGGCAGUGGGCGAUGCAUACCACUCACUCAUUGAACCCUUCUUCGCCGAUACUCCGGACCCAAAAUCAUCCAGGGCCCAUUUCUACUCCACGCUCGAAGGUGACAUACUACCGGAAGGGACUACGAUCGGUUCUAAAUACUGGCAGAGCAAUCUAGAGUCUCCUGUUUUGUUCCAUAAGGCCCUGCAGAAACUCGUCAUCGGGAGAAGUAACCGUCAACUCUUGUUCCUUGAAGUUUCGCCACAUUCUACACUCGCCGGCCCAAUUCGCCAGACAUUAGACAAAGCACAAAUGAGCCAUAAGUAUAUUUCGUGUCUGAUUUGUAAGAGAAAUUGUGCGGAGUCAUUUCUUUCGGCGCUAGGUCAGCUGUAUUCCCAGAAGUGCCCGCUGGAUUUUGAUGCCCUCACCAACCCGGAUCAAAAGGCCAAGGUCCUCACGGAUAUUCCGACGUAUCCUUGGCAGCACAAUUACUCAAGCCUUUACCAGCCUCGGCACAAUAAGGAUUGGCGAUUUCGCAAACAACAAAGACAUGAGCUGCUCGGAAUUCGAGUCGUUGAUACCACGAACAAUGACCCCUCUUGGAGGAACAUGAUCUACCCUGAACAGGUGCCCUGGCUUCUGGAUCACAGGGUCUCUGGAAAUAUCGUCUUCCCGGCCGCAGGGUAUAUCAUGAUGGCGGUAGAGGCUGUGCAACAAAUUGCCCCGAUUGGGAUUGCUGGAUUUGUUGUGCGCAACAUGUUUCUAGAUACAGCCAUGAUUCUCAUUGAGUCCAUACCGACAGAAAUCGUGACAUCCCUGCGACGUCAUCGCCUGGAAAACCGGUGGAGCUUUGCGAUAAGUUCACACAAUGGGACGUCGUGGAUCGAGCACUGUUCUGGUGAGGUUGCGAGGGGACAUAGUCUCUCCCAAGCAGAAAGCAGACAUCAGAAUACUCUGCCUCGUGUCGUCGAUCUUCCUAGCUGGUACAGAACAUUGAGUCGAGGUGGCCUUCACUUUGGCUCGUCUUUUCAAGGUAUUGAAAACAUUUCUUGUUCGACAACAACCAACCUUGCUUCUGGCAAAGUUGUCUCUACGCUACAUGAUUCUACGUACUAUCCAAUACACCCCACAAAAUUGGACGCUUUCCUUCACAGUGUGUAUUGUGCCGUUUACAAAGGUUUUGACUGGCAGGUUGAGAUGCUUCCUGUUCCAACAAGUAUUGCGGAGAUUAACAUUAUUGAUUGUGCGUCGGAUUUGGCUGUAACGAGCUGGGCUGAUGUCUCCAAGAAAGACAUGAUACACGUUCAUGCCGAAGCCUUUGGAUCUGAUGGUGCCCUCGUACUGAAAGUACAUGAGGCAAUUCUCAGGCCUCUUGGGGCAAACCAGUCAGAGUUCUCAGAGGAUGACAGGAAACAUGGGGCGAGGUUAGUCUGGAGGCCAAGUAUACAAUUUCUCAACCUCACCGACAUGAUUCACACCCCACCAGAUUGGGCAGCGCAGACGAUGCUGCUGAAUUGCUUAACAUCGAAAUGUGUUGAAGAAGCACUUUCUCGUCUCGAAGCUGAAGAGGUUUCUUCAAGCACUCUCCACCUCCGGAAGUAUCAAAAUUGGCUCCGACAACAGCCUAAAACGACAUCCAGACAAAACAUAGACUGUUUGGUUCAGCAAAUCCUCGAAACCUCGGCAGCACCUUGUGCUCGGGCAAUGGUGAAAGUGCUGGACAAUGUCGUGCCCAUAUGCAAAGGCGAGAUUGAAGCUCUAGAGGUCCUCAUGAGCGACGACACUCUGACCGAUAUAUAUAAUUACGUGAACCAGGUCGAUCGAGCCCCAUUCCUGAACUCCCUCGGGCACUACCAGCCCCAGCAACGUAUUCUUGAAAUUGGAGCAGGAACGGGAGGAACCACUGCCAAGGUUUUAUCACAGACCAGAUACUCAACUUAUACGUUUACAGAUAUCUCAGCAGCUUUUUUCCCGGCAGCCAAGGAACGCUUCAAAACUCAUCAAAACAUGACAUUCAAAGCCCUUGACAUCUCCCAGGAUCCGUUGAGUCAGGGUUUCGAACCACAGUCCUUUGACUUAAUCAUUGCAGCAAAUGUAUUGCAUGCAACCCCUUUUCUGCAUCAGACACUCACCAACGUUCGGAAGCUGCUUCAUCCGCAGGGGAAGCUGCUCUUGGAAGAGGUUUGCGGUGAGGCAAAGUUCAGCAACUUUAUCACCGGACUUCUGCCCGGUUGGUGGGCUGGUGAAGCCGAUGGGAGACCGGAUGAACCUUACAUUUCUCCUGAUCGGUGGGAGAAGGUCUUGAGAGCUUCUGGCUUCAAUGGCCUUGAUGAUGUGGCUUUCGAUGCAUCCCCGCCGCUCCACAACUCUGCAUUCAUGCUUGCUAGUCCAUGCUUUCCGGAGACCCCUACCAACAGGCAUGUGACACUGAUUACUGACACAGCGUCUUCAGAGAUUUCCAUUCAAAUGCAGAAGCAGUUUCGCUUCAGAGGGUAUACUGUUGGUAUUCAAGGGCUUGAGGAGCCCCUACCUGGCGGGGGAGAUGCCUUGGUUCUUCUGGAUACAGCGUCUCCUUUCUUCGAAAAUCUCAACGCCAACAAGCUGUCAACUUUUCAGUCGUUCCUGCGCGAGCUUCAGCGUUCUCAUUCCGGAGCCCUGUGGGCUACUCGAUCAAUUCAGAUAGGCUGCACAGAUCCUCGCUUUGCAUGUACCGUCGGUGUAGCGCGAACAGUUCGCUCAGAAUUUGGUAUUGAUUUGGCGACCUGCGAGGUCGAUACUCUCAAAUAUACCAGCCUGGGCCUUUUGAUCGAUGUGUUUGAACAGUUUCACAACAGGGAACAUAGACAGGAUGCCUACAGAGAAUUUGAGUAUGUAGUUUGGAAAGACACCGUUCAUAUAGGUCGUUUAUAUCCAUUCUCUGUGAAAGAGGAGCUCAAACGGAUUGAAGAAGCAGACGUGAACAGUCAAGGUUGCAGAUUAACCCUUGAUGUCGGUGCCCCUGGGAUGCUUGAAUCCAUGACCUGGACUGCUAGACUAGGAGAGCGGGAUCAUCUAUUGGAUGACGAAAUUGAGAUUGAGGUGAACGCCGCUGGCGUGAAUUUCAAGGACAUAAUGAUUUCAUUGGGCAUCUUGGAGCUACCAAGCUCGUCUAUGGGACUGGAGGCUAGUGGGAUUGUCACCCGAGUGGGUAGGCAUGUUCAGGAUCUUUCCGUUGGAGACAGGGUAUUAGCCUUGAGUCCUGGCGCAUUUGCGACGUCAAUCAUUCUUCCUGCAUCGCGUUGCAUCAGAGCUCCAGAGUCCCUAUCACUAGAGGAUGCUGCAACCAUGCCCCUUGUAUUUUCAACGGUGAUCCAUGCACUGUGUGAUGUGGGUCAACUGAAAGCAACCCAGACUGUCUUAAUCCAUGCCGGCUCUGGAGGAAUAGGCCUUGCGGCGAUUCAAAUCAGUCAAAUGAUCGGAGCAACCAUAUACGUCACUGUCGGAAAUGAGGCGAAAGCGGAGUACCUGACAACGUUUCAUGGUAUUUACCGAGAGCAUAUCUUCAACUCCCGUGACUCAUCUUUCCUGGACGGAGUCAUGAGGUCAACCAAUGGACGGGGAGUUGACCUCGUGCUGAACUCGCUUUCCGGAGACUUGUUCCAAGCCUCCUGUCAAUGUGUAGCCAAGUGUGGUAAACUUGUUAAUCUUGCAAAAUCGAGUGACUUGAAUCAUGGCCAAUUGUCAACUAAGGCCUUCCAUCCCAAUAUGGCCUACAGUGUUAUCGACAUCCUGGACUACAUUGAUUGCAAGCCGGAAGAAGGCAAAAGGCUACUGGGCACCAUUGUAGACCUUUAUAAGGAGGGUCACAUCAGACCUAUCACCCCUGUGCAGACAUUCGUCGCAGAUGACAUCAAGCAAUGCUUUGUGUAUAUGCAAACUGGUCAGCACAUUGGGAAGUUACGGCUUUCCAUGAAGUCGCAGGACACCCCUAUUAAGCCAGUCUUUGUUCCCAAGACCAUGAGCUUCCGAGGCAAUGCGUCCUACCUCCUUGUCGGAGGGCUUGGUGGGCUGGGCAGUGGGAUAGCACGCUGGAUGGUUGAGCACGGUGCCAGACAUCUCAUCUUCCUGUCUCGGAGCGCUAAUUCUGAGCAUAGCAAUCAGCUGUUCUCCGAAUUAGAAAGCCAGGGAUGUUCUAUUACGGCAGUCAAAGGAAGCGUCUGUGUCCUAGCAGAUGUAAAGAGAGCCAUUUCAUCCACUACCAACCUUAAAGGUAUUUUCAAUAUCUCCAUGGUUCUGCAAGACACGUCUCUGCUUCAUAUGUCAUUGGAUGACUGGAACGCUGCCACCGGGCCUAAGAUACAAGGUACAUGGAACCUGCACGAGGCAAGCGUUUGCCACGACCUUGACUUUUUCCUUCUUUUCAGCUCAAUGGGUGGUAUCUUUGGAAUACCAGGACAGGCCAACUAUGCAGCUGCAAACACUUUCAUGGAUGCAUUUGUCCAAUUUCGCCAUUGCUCCCGCUUGCCGGCCUCUGUCAUUGACAUUGGCGCUGUCGAGAGUAUCGGCCAUGUUGCAAGCAAUCCCGACAUAUUAGAGCAGGUCAAAGUGCUCGAUUGCUGUCGCAUGACUCAGAGGGAUCUGUUUAACGCUGUGACAAUUGCUAUAUCUCACAGCCUCCCUGCACACGAUAACGAUAGUGACAGCUAUUCAAAUCCUGCGCAGUUCAUCACAGGGUUUAAGGACACAAGUAGCAUCCUGGAUAGUUCCAGUGGACAGGCAGCCUUUUCGGAUAGCCGCCUGGCCCCUUUUGUUAGCAACGCCGCUGACAGCAGACCCAUUAGCGAAAAGGCGUCAACAGACAAGCUCAAACAAUUUGUUUCUUUGGCCGCUUCAGAUCCGUUGAUUCUGACUGAACCAACCGCGACUGAAUUCGUUGGGAAGGAAAUUUCAAAAUGGGUUUUCGAUCUGCUCAUGAAGCCGGUUGAGGAUGAUUCCGAAAUUGACCUUGCCCGCUCUCUCGUGGAUGUGGGUCUGGAUAGCCUUGCCGCUGUCGAAAUGCGAUCCUGGUUGAAGGCUUCUCUGGGAGUGGACGUUAGCGUGUUGGAGAUAAUGGCGUUUCCAAGUCUAGCGGCAAUGGGAGAGCAUGUAGUUCAUGCAUUGAUCAGGAAAUUUGGGAACAAGGAGUGA